GAUGGCAUGCAAAAGCGAACUAUCUCCCCUCUUCGGACGCGUCAACUGAUGAAUGGCCUCUCCUGCAAAAGUUAUUUGAGGCCCGAAGGAGGACACCUUAUAGCUGUCACGUAGACAGACUAUCUUAAUAGGCCAUCAUGAAGACCUUCGUGUUCCGAAUCGCGUUCUGGGCUGCCGCCGCCGUCGCCACGGUAAAUGCAGACGAUUCCACGACGAGCUCGGUGGCCUGCGCCGCCCAAAACAUCCUCGACACCUGUCUCGCGACCACAGAAAGCUAUGUCAGCCUCUGCGCGACCACCGACUAUAUGUGUCUCUGUGACAAAUACGUGGCGAUUAUGACCUGUUUCAACAACUGCCCCAACGACAGCCGAGGCCCGAGCUACCAACAACAGAAGGAUCUCUACUGCAUGAACGCAAGUUUAUACGCCACCACCUCGGGCAACCGCACCGUUAGCCGCAGCUACACGCCGUCCACGUCCUCGGCGACCACGACGACGUCCUCCGACGCCUCCGCCAAGUCCGGCGACGCGACCACCGGUGAGAGCAGCGCGGGUCCCGAACAGACUAAGAGCGGUAAUGGCGCCGAAGACCAGCGCGUUGGCAAUGCCGGCGGUAUGGUUGCUGCUCUUGCUGGUCUGAUUGCCGCGCUUCUAUAGGUGUAGCGGACGUGGAUGAUGGAUUGUGGGAAGCAAGUACGCUGCUUUUGUGGAUGUGGACGGAGCUUUAUC